CAGGAUGCACUCCUCUUGCUGCCCUUCUGCCACACCACACACACUGAAGGUGUUGUGUGUUCGGAUGUGUAUGUUCUACUCCACCAUGUGUCUGGCAGGCUGGCCGCUGUCCUCGGAGGCAGCCAGACUCCGCUGUGGGACUGAUCUCCUCAGUGAUCUCAUAUUUGUGUGUGGGGAUCGUGGAAUCUAUUUAGGUAAAGGUUCGUGGUCUGGUUACGGUUCUCGGCCCAGAGGGAAAGGGAUAGUGGAUCAGUGCUGUCGGCCGUCUGGUUGUGAACUUCAGCAUCUGGAGAUGUACUGUGCCAAACCAAAGAGCCAGCAGCAAACAACAGCUUACCCAACAACAACCACCACCACCACCGCAGCACCUCGGACCACAGCACAGCUAGACACGGCUCAGCAGUUCCAAGCACUGUUUCAGAAAAGACUUUCUGAGCAAAUGGGGGCCCCCGACAGUCCAAAGAGGGAUGCUUACAGAAAGAAGACUGAGCCUUCCCUCCGACAGCAAAGCAAAGUUUCACCGUCACGCAAGAGGAUUAAAACACGUAACCCAACCAACAUGCCACCGUUAACCUCCGGGAGUUCCCUUCAAACAAUGACGACACAUGAAUCAUGACCUUUGACCUCAUAAAAAAAAAAAACCCUGAGACUGAUGCAGACUGUGAACUUUGGAUUCUCUACUAAGUAGGGAUCGCCAAACAGAUUUGGAGAUAAAAAAAAGCAACUGAAGACAACUGAAGUCCUGGCACCGACUCUGGGCUAGCUGCUGCUGCUGCUACGUUAGCCUUUGACUUGAUGGAAUCUCUCACUGAAGCAUUUCUUUCAUCUGUCUUUCUGGAGCAAUGUGUCAAUGCGUGUAUCAUACACUCUUUUCUUAUGUCUAUAGCCCUAUCCGCACAGGACUAGUAUUACUAGGGGACCUCAUGUGAUUUCAAAAUUCCCCCCCCACGUCUGUGUUUCGUGUGGCGAAUUCACACGGGAUAAGCACAGGUCUGUAUUUUACUCUAAUUUAUUGACAUGAUCCCCCACAUAUGAUGUCAAGGCUCUGUCAAAACUUUCAUUUAGAAUUUCCAAUGCAGCCAAAUACAGUCCCGAAUCACAGAGAUGAACGAGACCAAUAUCAUCACACAUACCCUAUGUUUGGCAGAAUAUGGCAUGUAAUUUCCGGUGCAAUUUUUACUUGAAAAAUUACAGACAUAGCAGACCAGAGCCCUAUUUUGCACGGGAUUAGUAUCAUCUGGGGACCUUGUGUGUAAUUUUGAAAGUACCCUCCCAACAUCUGAGUAUCGCGUGGCGCAUUCGCACGGGAUAAGCAAAGCCUGCUUUUACUCAAAUUUAGUGACUUAUCUGUACCACGAGAGUUGGGUAUACCUGGAGGCGCGCGGAGGACAGCCAGGGCGAGGCCGCUGCGCAGCACUUGGGUCUGGGUUCCGUAUCUUUUUUGGGCCAGGCCCGGUAGAGGUUAUCAGACAGCAUCACUGUCCCCGGCCAAAAUUUCAGACAUGGCCGAUUCGCAUGGGAUUGAGAUCACAGCCAACCUCCGUAAUUAUUACAAAUGACUAGAGGUCACCAGGUAAUACUAGUCACGUGCGAAUGGGGCUAACGACUACGUUUACAUGCACACAAUACCGGCGUCAUUGCGUCACAGAGACCAAACAACUAAUCGAUUCAUCGAGAAACGAAGAUAGAUUGACAAUGAAAAUGAUCAAUGUGGAAUGUGACAAACGUGCAAAGUUUUGAGAGAGUUUUGAAAGUGCUGCCGUGUGUUUUGGGUCCUGACAUUAGCAUGUAACAAAGAAGUUUGCGUCAUUUAACUUGUCAGUUGUACUGAUUUUUAUUUUGUGUCUGUCUGAGAUUAUCAAGUACGGUGUUUUAUUAUUUUGUAUAUUGUGUAAAAGACUUUCUAAUUGCAUUCAUUAUUUAUUUC